AUGGGACUCAUGGGCCGCAGAAACUCGUUGAGCAGCAUUGUCAACUUGCAACGAUUCCGUCACCACAAGCACGAGGAUGAUGUUUCCACGAAACCAGCCAAGACCAUUAAAGAAGAGGAACAAGAACAACCAGAACACGAACCCGUGCGCUCCAAUUCCUCUUCCACCUUGAGUGACGAUGAAUCCACCACUUCGUUUUCCGGUCUCUCGUCCAAAAUGAUGAGACGACAUUCCACCGGCACCAAAUCGGUCCGCUUUGGAGACUGCAAGAUUCGCUCGUAUCCACAAGUCUUGGGAGACCAUCCAUGUUGUAGCAUUGGAUGUCCCGUAGAACUUGGAUGGGAAUACAAUCAAGAAGAGACCAAGGCCAUUAACGAUUUUGAAGAAUUACGUGACCAUCAGCGUCGCAAAUCUCGAGGUGAAUUGCUCUUGAGUCCAGAAGAAAGACGCAGUAUUUUGACUUCUUCGGAUCAUUCUCAAGACGCUGGGGCUAUUCGCAAGGCUUGUCGCAGACAAUGCACUCGCAAGGCACAGCGCAAGAUUCAACGAGAAUUCUUUUCCAGCUAG